AGCAUGUCAGCGAGCCCAGAGAGCAGCCCGGCACAAACCCCUCGCAAACGAGGCCGACCUCAACUCACGCCCCUCGAGCCCUACCGGGACCAUAUAAUUGACCUGUUCAAGAAUGAUGUACCGAUCAUUGAUAUCGCUAGGAGACUGAACCUAGAACACGGUCUCGACGUCAGCGAACGUACUAUAUCACGUCGACUCACAACAUGGGACGUCCCACGCAAGAAGCUGCGCACGCCCUCCUCCCAAGAACUGCGGGAUAGAGUAAUCUAUCAUUAUAACAAGAACCUCAAUGAUGAGCAGAUAGCUGCAGAGUUACUGGCCGAGGGGUUCGAGAUCAAGUCCCGCAGCCUCGCGCGUUUGCGGCAGAAAUUGGGACUCAGAAGACGCUCCAAAUACCCGGAAUUCAGGGAAUAUUCCGAGUCAGAGGACGAAGCACCAUCUGCACCGCUGGAAACCGAAGCAGGACAGUCGAAAACACCGCCCGCGAAGAAGCGCAAGGCGGCAAAACCGAAGUUCAAUUCCGCUCUUAUACCCAAAGUCACAGCAUUCGUUGAGAAGUAUAUGAGCAAAUACGAUGGUUCUCACGAUUUCAACCACAUACGGCGCGUUGUUGGGCUGGCACAUUUGAUAUACACCGAUAUGAUCAAGGAGCGCCAAGAAUCGCCGCCUUUAUUCGACGAGACGCCAGAUCUGGAUCUACAUAUUGUUACGCUAUCGGCGCUUCUGCAUGAUGUGGGUGAUAAGAAGUAUCUUGAGCCGGGACAGGAUGGUAAUACGCUUGUGCUUGCUACGCUGCUGGGUUUUGGGGCUCCAGAAGAACUAGCCAUCAAGGUACAACGAAUUGUGCUUGGCGUGAGCUAUUCUACUGAGGUAAAGGAUCCUGCGCAGACUCUGGGGUUGAUUCAGAGGUAUCCGGAGCUGGCAGUUGUUCAGGACGCAGAUCGUUUGGAUGCAAUCGGGGCAGUAGGAAUUGGCAGGACAUUUACUUUUGGAGGUGCGAAGGGGGCGAAAGAUAUGGGGGAGACGAUUCAGCAUUUUGAGGACAAAUUGGAGAAGUUAGAGGGCAUGAUGAAAACCGGACCAGGGAAGAGAAUUGCCAAGGAGAGAACGAAGAGGUUAAAGACAUUCAAGGGAUGGUGGGAGGAGGAACAGAAGGAUGCUGAGGGACUUUUGAGGAAGAAAUGA